AACCAAUCCUUCAAACAGUCUAAUAUGGCUGUGUGACAAUUUUAGUGUAGCAGGUGCAAUGUAUUGUGAAAUUUGUGUUAAUUGUUGUAGUUAAAUGACAAUUGGAAAUAAAACAAUGGGGGAGCAGCCAAUUUUCACCUGUAAAGCCCAUGUAUUUCAUAUUGAUCCAAAAACGAAACGAUCAUGGAUGCCCGCGUCUACACAAGCGGUAAAUGUAUCAUUUUUUUACGAUUCAUCAAGAAGUCUUUACCGUAUUAUAAGCGUGGAAGGAUCAAAAGCUGUUAUUAACAGUACAAUUACCCCAAAUAUGACAUUUACAAAAACAUCACAGAAAUUUGGUCAAUGGUCUGAUGUCAGAGCGAAUACUGUUUAUGGUUUAGGAUUUUCAUCAGAAGCUGAACUUGGAAAGUUUAUAGAAAAGUUUCAAGAAGUGAAAGAAGCAACUCGUACAUCUGUUAAUAAAGUAACCGCCAAUGGUAGUUCAGCAGUGACUCCUGUAACAAGUGCAAAUGCAAGUCCAAUAAUUUCAUCGCGAGCUGUUUUACCUCCCCCCGAAUCACAGGACUCACUUUUAGAGCCACCAACAGCGAAUCAAAUGCCACCAGCACCAUUAAAUUCGUCACAUAACAACAAAGAUGAUGAUUCCGGACUACCGCAUCCUAGAUCGCAUUCGGUAUCCACAUUGCAGUCAGGUGAAAGUCCUAGUCAUCAAGCAAAAGGUGGUGGUGAUAAAAGCCCAUAUGGAACGCAUGGUGGUGGGGGACCACAAGCUGGGAAUGUUGAUAUGCAAUUGAAAUAUGAGAAUGAUAGACUAAAGCUGGCACUUGCUCAUAGUUCUGCUAAUGCAAAAAAAUGGGAAAUUGAAUUAGCAACAUUAAAAAAUAAUAAUGCUAGACUGACGAGUGCAUUACAAGAAAGUACUGCAAAUGUUGAUGAAUGGAAACGUCAAUUGCAUAGCUAUAAAGAAGAAAAUCAACGUAUGAAAGCAAAAUAUCAACAAGAUCUCGAAAAUAGUAAAGGGGGUGGUGAAAUAGCUGAUGAAUUAAGGAAAGAAAUACAAAUUUUACGACAUCGUGUUGAACAACUCGAAUCAGAUUUAAGUGCGAAAAAUGAAGAAAUGAAAUCAUCGGUAUCAUUAAAUUCCAAAAAUAUAGAAAUACAGAAUCUACAAAAAGAAAAUGCCGAGCUACAACAAACAUUGAAAUUAACCCAAAAUGAAUUAGAAAUGGCAAUGUCACAACGACAAAUAUUAUUAACAUUAAAUUCACAAUUGGCAUCACAAGUACAUGAUUUGGCAAAUAUACAUCGUGAAAUUAGUACUGCAUUGCAAACGUGAA